AUGCGCCACUUGGGGGUGGACAUUCCGGCCUGGACAGCUCGGGGGCUGCAAGACGCCUUCGCCCGUUUGCUGCCUUUCGACUUCGUCUUGAGGAUCAUGGGGGCUCUUCUGUUCGAGGGCAGCAUGGCUCUCUUCAGGUUUUCACUCGCGCUCGUCCAGAUGCUCGAGCCGGAUCUGAUGGCCUGCGAUACCAUUGAGGCGGCGGAGAAGGUUUUGUACCGCUGUAGUACUGAUCCGCGGCUGAGCAUUAACGUGUUGUCCACGCAUGAGUUCUUGACCAUAAAGCCUGAGGGCCAGUCGACCAUCAUCAGCUCCAUGGGCACUUGGGAAACCAUAUGGCGUUGGCUGCCAGAAAUACAACGAUGCGCAACCCCGUGGCUGGUGUUCAGCAGCAGACGCGACGGCUUCACUUUGUCUUCUUUGACGACUCGCUGCUCGAAUUGUUUUAAUCCUUUCAUCUUCUGCGCGUCGACAGACGGCAGAGAAAGCUUUGGCUUCUUUUCCCCCGUCGUCUUCAGCAGCCACAAAAACAGCUCCAACUCUUGCACAGACCUCAGUGAUGCCUUUGUCUUCACUUUAACCCCCAAGCCAAACGCCUUUUGGUGGACCGGCAAAAACUCGGCGUUUCUGCGAGUCCGCAGCGACGGAAUAUUUCUGGGCAGCGACGGGUAA